AGACAAACUCGUGACUCAGAAUAGUAUUUGGUGAAAUAAUCAUUUAUCUCCAUUAUCUCUAUUAACAAAACCCAAAAUUGUAUGUAAAAUGCGUUUAUUUGUUUUUGGGUUAACAUAAAUUCAAACAACAUAUGUCCCCUUCCUUUGGCUUCUUUAGGAAUUACUCUUCUUUGAAUGUUGUUGUUAGUUUUUAUUCCCCGUCCGUCGUACAGAUCAACACAAAAACCCAUCCCAGUCCCUCUCUCUCACUCGUCGUCGUGUCGAGCUUCGUUUUCUCCAUUGAUCCGAAUAAUCCUGGAUUCUACGUUUGCUUUGAUCAUCGCAUCUUCGUCUCCCUCCCUGUUCUGAUUUUUCUUUGUUUCUUCUGAUUAAGUGAGAGUGGGGAUCGGAGAUCUGGAGAACAGAGUCGCGUGUGUGUGUUAACUGUUUUUGGAUUGAUGGAAGUGGAGAGAAAGUGUGAGAUAGUGAGGGAAACUGUGAAGAGAUGAAGUUCUACAUAUCGGCGACAGGGAUUAAGAAGGUUACGAUAUCGAAUCCAGGCGUCGGAAUCGGAAAAGGAAGCGGAGGAUGUGUCGCGGCGAGGAGAUUCUCUGCUCGGACGUUGUUACUGUUGCUCCUGCUGCUCGCUAUCGUACUCCCUUUUAUCUUCGUCAGGUUCGCGUUUCUCGUCCUCGAAUCCGCCUCCGUUUGCGAUUCUCCUCUCGAGUGCAUGGGACUGAGACUUUUCCGUGGGGGCGACACAUCUCUGAAAAUUGGGGAAGAGUUGACACGAGCGCUUGUGGAAGAGACAGAUCAGGACGCUAAUGGAAGAGUAAAAAAGGGCUCAUUGGAGUCAUUCGACGACCUUGUCAAGGAGAUGACGCUAAAACGCCGUGAUAUAAGGGCGUUUGCUUCCGUGACUAAGAAGAUGCUGUUGCAGAUGGAACGCAAAGUCCAAUCAGCUAAACAUCAUGAGUUAGUGUACUGGCAUUUAGCCUCUCACGGUAUCCCCAAAAGCCUCCAUUGCCUUUCCCUGAGAUUAACUGAAGAGUACUCUGUAAAUGCAAUGGCUCGAACGCGUUUGCCUCCGCCUGAAUCUGUUUCUCGUCUGACUGAUCCAUUUUUUCACCAUGUUGUCAUCUUGACUGACAAUGUUCUUGCUGCUUCCGUCGUCAUAUCUUCUACUGUAGAAAACGCUGUGAAUCCUGAUAAGUUUGUCUUUCAUAUUGUUACCGACAAGAAAACCUAUACCCCUAUGCACGCUUGGUUUGCUAUCAACUCUGCUUCAUCGCCAGUUGUUGAAGUGAAGGGACUUCAUCAGUAUGAUUGGCCUCAAGAAGUGAAUUUCAGAGUUAGAGAGAUGCUGGACAUUCACCGCAUGAUUUGGAGACGUCAUUAUCAAAAUUUGAAAGAUUCUGAUUUUAGUUUCGUAGAGGGUUCUCAUGAGCAGUCCUUGGAAGCUCUAAAUCCGAGCAGCCUCGCCCUUUUGAAUCAUCUUCGCAUCUACAUUCCCAAGCUUUUUCCAGAUCUCAACAAGAUAGUCUUGUUGGAUGAUGAUGUAGUAGUACAACGCGACAUUUCGUCUUUGUGGGAAAUGGAUCUCAACGGUAAAGUAGUCGGUGCAGUUGUUGACUCGUGGUGCGGAAACAACUGUUGCCCGGGAAGAACUUACAAAGACUACUUCAACUUCUCACAUCCUCUGAUUUCAUCAAACUUACUUCAAGACGACUGCACUUGGCUUUCUGGUAUGAAUGUCUUUGAUCUAAAAGCCUGGAGACAAACCAAUAUCACAGAAGCUUACUCCACGUGGUUAAGAAUCAGUGUUAGCUCCGGGCUACAAUUAUGGCAACCAGGAGCCUUACCACCGACACUACUUGCUUUCAAAGGACUCACACAGACUCUUGACCCAUCAUGGCAUGUCGCUGGACUAGGAUCUCGAUCCGUAAAAUCCCCUGAAGAGAUUCUGAAGUCUGCUGCGGUUUUACAUUUCAGCGGUCCAGCAAAGCCGUGGCUAGAGAUCAGUAACCCUGAGGUACGAUCUCUUUGGUAUAGAUACGUAAAUUCCUCCGACAUCUUUGUUAGGAAAUGCAAAAUUAUGAACUGAGAAGAAAAGAAAACAAAAACAGAGUAGAAACAAAAUAAAAGAAAGAGAAAACUGAGUGAUAAAGCCAUUAGUACUCGCGGCUGUACGUAUGAGAGAACGGAGGGAAGAAGGUUUAAGCCUUCAGCCUCUGCUCAUAUUUCUCUCAUGUCCAUAUACUAAACAUUAAUUAAUUUUAGAGGGAAGGACAUUUUAUUAGACUUUAAAGCAUAUCUAGCUUUUUUUUCUUCAUUAUCUCUCAACUAGUAUAGUAAAGAUGUAUUUUUGUUUAAUUAUAGCUACACAUAUUGUAAUAAUUCAUCACAUAAUAGAUCUUUGUAAUUUGUAUUGUAACCCUAUGGACGGACAUGUUGUAUCAUUCCAUCAAUGUUUAUAAUAUGACUAGUUUCUA